AUGAGGUCCUCUAGUGCAUCUGAUAACAACGAACUGUAUGGAAUUUUAGAAAAACGUAACAUUAAUGAAGUACAAUUCGGCAUUGAAAAACGAUUUAAAACUUGGUACGGUAAUGCUGUAUAUUUUGCAAACGAUAGGAAAACGUUAGGUUAUAAGAGUAAGAGUACAUCAAUGACUGAAAAAGGUAAUGAAAUAAAAACCGAGGAGGGUCAAUAUUGGCUUGAUCUUUUAUAUGUUUGCGAGUACUGUUUUAAAUACUAUGAUGAUGGAGAUGAGUUACUUACGCAUGAAAAAAUCUGUAUCUACAAGUCUAAGGCUCCAGGAAGAAUAAAAUAUGCAAGCCCUGAGUAUACUAUUAGAAGAGUCAAAGGAACUAAACACGAGUUAUUAUGCCAAUGUAUGUGUUUAUUUACUAAAUUAUUUUUGGACAAUAAGUCGGUUUAUUUUAAGUUGACUAGUUACGAAUUUUACAUUGUCUAUCAGAAUAAGAGCACGAAACCAUUGGGAUUCUUCUCAAAAGAUUUAUACUCUUAUCAUAAAAAUAACUUAGCAUGUAUUCUAGUGUUUCCUCCGUAUCAGAAAAUGGGGUUGGGGACGCUCCUGAUAGAAUUUUCGUAUAGACUUUCCAAGCAUGAAGGACUUAUUUCAGGACCCGAACUUCCGCUUUCUCCAUUUGGGUUAAUAGGUUAUUUGAAAUACUGGUCGUUUGCAAUUCUCUGGUGUCUGACUGAAGGAGAGUUAUCAGGUGUAGCUAAAGUUUCUAUAGAAAACCUCUGCGAAGUUACUGGUAUAAGGGUUGCUGAUGUUAUAAUGACCUUGAAACACUUGAAAUGCCUGACCAAUGAUAAUGAAAUAUUACUGCCUGCUGUUAGGAAGAAAGCCAAGAAUUACAAGGUUGAGCGAGGGUUUAUGAUCCAAGACCGCUAUUUGUUGAUUGAUGACUAA